UCAGUUAAAUUCAGUCAUAGCAUCGGUGUGCAUUAAUUAUUAUUUAAAAAAAAAAAAAAUUUUCUUUUAUUUUCUUCAAUAUCGCAAAAAAAUUUUUUUCCAAGAAAAUCAAAAUCGUACACACAUAUACAUUAAAUAAUUAUUAACAGUUUUAAGUAACUCUAAUUAAUUUGAUUAUUUAAUUACCAAAAAAAAAAAAAAAUAAUAAAUACAGACAUGUUAAAAAAAAUACUGUUAAUUAUAACUAUAAUUAUGACAAUUUUAACAGUUGUCAAUUGUAGUUGCGAUGAUUCUCUAGUAGAUGGUGUUAUUAAAAAAGCAACAGAAAGUUCAGAAGAAAGUGAAAUUGGAAAAUUUUUCAAAAAUGUUGGCUGUUCAAUACAAAAUGGAGCAAAAAAACUUGGUGAAAAUGCAAAAAAAGUUGGUGAAUCAAUUAAAGAGGGUGCAAAAAAUUUUGGUGAAAAAACAAAACAAUUUGGUCGGGAUAUUAAAGAAAAAUUUAGUGAAUUCAAAGAUAAAUGGAAUAAUGAUGACGAAGAUGGUAAUAAAGAACCAAUAACAUCAGAAACGGUGAAAAAAAUAGAAAAUGAUGCUGAAAGAAUUUUUCAAAUUGAUGAAAGAUUUUUAUAUGUGCCAUUAGAAUGCCCAGAGGGACAAAAAUUAACAAGUAAUGGAAAAUGUGAAACAGUUAAAAAAUAAAAUUUGAAAAAUAAUUUUUUUUUUUUUAAUUAAAUUCAAUAAUAUUUCUCAAAUUUGUUUUUAAUAUUUUCAUUGAGAAUUUAUGAAAUAUAAAAUAUUUUUUUUUAUCGAUUAUAAUAAAAAUUGUAAGGACUCGACGCGGAAAAUAAGUAUUAAUGUGUAAAUAUAAAAAAAGUGAAAUUUUUAAUAUUAAAAUAUUUGUAUUUUUGGAAUUUCUAAAAAUUUUGUUUAUUUUUAUUUAUUUAAUGUGGAGGCUAUUUGCCCUAGUAAAAUUUUAUAAAUAAUUGCGUUAGAAUGGGUUAGAUGUUUGAAAGAUCACCCCUAUAAUUGAAAGUUUAAAUAAAAAUUGAAUAACAAAAUCUGGAUACUUGAUUGCUCCUUCUUGUAUGAUUGU